CUCAAAUUAAAGUAUGCAGACGGGGCAGGCUGCAUGUGGAUCGCUGCUUCAAACGGAGUCUACAGCCGGGCUGAGAGCACACGACGCAGAGAUGUGGGACAGCUCUGAUCGGCGGGUUUUCGGAGGAGAGAGGAAGAUGCUGCUGCUGCCGAUGCUGAGGCUGCUGCUGCUGAGCGCCGCCGGCUGCAGCGGGUCGCUGUAGUCAGUCUGCACAGAGCGGAGGGACGCUGCUUCAACACCGCCUGUAUAGACCGGUUCACUCACGCUGACCUGGACCAUGAGCAAUGAUUUUCCUGUUCUGACAAGUCUGACCGAGAACUCCACUAAUGUGCCUGUGUCGGCGGGCCAGGUGGAGAACUAUGUGCUGCUGUUGGUGCUGCUGAGUGUUUUUGCCGGGGGGACACUGGUGCUGCUCUCCCUGCUGCUCCUCUUCUGCCACUGCUGCUGCAUGGGUGGACGACGCUACUCCAGAGCCAGCGAUGACCCUGAGAAGACAAACACCACUUAUGCUGAGGAUUCUCAGCCCACCCAAGAGAUCACCAUUCAUUUGGAUGAAUCAGACGCUCUCUCAGCUGCGAGCUGUCACGAUGGAGAGUCUGAACGAUUUGUCUCCACUGGGUCUACUGGCCGCAGAGUCUCCUUUAAUGAAUCUGCACUUUACGAACAGGAGAAGACGACUCAGGACAAAGGACGCAGAUACACUCUGACUGAGGGAGAUUUCCACCACCUGAAGAAAGCCCGGCUGACCCACCUUCACCUGCCUCCGUCCCCAUGUGACCUGAAGAUCCUCACCAUCAUGGAGUGUGAUUCAACAGAGAGCAGCACCGUCAACAUCAAUGAGACCGCAGCUCCCAAACUGCCACUCACCAUCUACCAGCCCACUGAGAGAAGAGUCCCGGACUGGGUGGGACAGAGCCUCAGCAGAGGUCUGCCAGGAGACUUGCACCACUCCACCAUUCUGGACCAGAGCCCCAGACAGAUGGAGGCUAUCGGGGACAGGGGAGAGGCUGAGAGCGAAAUGGGGAUGAGAGGAGAGUUGACUCAAGCUCCGGGCCAGACUUCAGUUCUACAUUUCUUCUCUAAACUGCGGCGCCAUGCCAGUCUGGAGGGGGCAGGGCCUUACUUCAGGAGGUGGAAGUUUGACAGCAGUCACCGGGCUGCCAGCCUGGAUGCCAAAGGAUCCCCCAAGAGAAGGCCCUUCCAGAGACAGAGAGCCGCAAGUGAAACCACUGAUCACACCGAAGAUGACUCUUUGUCUCUCCGAGAUGAGGUCAUAGACUCUUUCCCACAGUCCCCCAUCCAGACCGGUUGCCUCCAGUCCCUCUCUGCAGAGUCUCUGUCUCACCCUGACGCUGCACCCACAUCCACAGUCAUCCUCAGCAGGUCAAAACUGGAGGUAGGUGGUAGCAUCGGUGCCAAAAGAGAGGGUCUCUGUUCACAAACAAAUGAUUGUAGCGCACAGAGGCAAGAGGAGGCCACAGCCAAUGGGAUAGGAGUAGAAAAAGAAACAACGUUUGGUACAUUUAUAAGAACAGAAGCAGCGGGAGUCGAGCUAGAAUCCAUAGAGAAUUACUUUUUUGGGGCAGGAGCUGCCGUACAGAAAAGGUUUGAAGACACUUUAAGGACAACUAAAGACACAAAGACAUCAGAUGUGAGGAACGAGAGCGAGGCAGAGGACGGAGAUGAGGUGAUGUUCGGAGCUGAGGCCAGACAAAGGGCCGACUCAGGCUCAUCCUUUUCCUUCAUGAUUCGCCAGGAGAGCUCGGAGGCGCCUCCCUCCCUGUACAGAGACAUUUGGAGCUUGCGAGCCUCUCUGGAACAAUACGCCUCCUCAGACCAGAGCAGCACAGAUCGGGAGUCCAUCCGCAGCGAUGCCGACAGUGUCUCAUCCUUCGGUGGUGCAGGAGCUCGCUCUGGCUUGGACAGCUGCUUGUCCCAAGAACUGGACGAUGAACCUGAGGUAGAAGGGGAGGGAGAGAUGAUAGACGGAGGGAUCAGAGGGGCGUCAGGUGGGGACAGUGAGGUGGUAAGUGGAGCUGGAGGAGAGGGUGAGGCAGGGAACCGUAAGCUCCUCCAGAUGGACAGCGGCUACGCCUCGAUUGAAGCACCUUCCAGGGCCCCUGAGGAAAUGCGACUUUUUGGGACUCCUGGAGCUCCAAGAGGAAAGACCGCGUCUGAGCGAAGGUUGUUCUUCACCAACUCUGGUAGGAAAGGUUCAGUGUGUGAGAGCAUAGAGGACAGGUUGUUUCAGGAGGAGCUGGAGGAUGAGAUGGCAGACAGCACAGAGGGGAACCUAAAGGCUAGCUCUCAAAUUGGACAACAGUCUCUUAUCAUUCAAGAACCAUAUCAGUUUCUGAAAUCCCUUCAUCCUCAGAAACCUCCAGAAUCACAACCCCAGCUGACGAAGCCAGUCCCACGGCCCUCUAGUCCUCACAAAUCCCGUCUCCGCCGCCGCGACUACAGCAUCGACGAGAAGACAGACGCUCUUUUCAACGAGUUCCUCCGCCAUGAUCCGCGGUUUGACCAGCAGGAUUCUCCUCUGCGCUCCAGGCACCGAUCCAGAGUUCAUCUCCGGAAACAGUGGCAGAGACACAAGCAAUACAGCGACCCAGGGUCAGGCGCUGGGGGUAGGUACUCCCCAUCUUUGGAGAGGCAGAGGUUCAUUCCGCUGCGGAGAGGCGACAGUGCAAGUUACCCUCUGGACACCAGGUAUCACAGCACACUCUCACGCAUUGCGAGCGCUGCUGAUGAAGAAGCCAGCGAGGUUGCAGCUUGUGAGGAAGCAGCCAAAGAGAGCACAGAGAACAAAGAUCUGUCAAGUGAAGGAGCUGUGGGGGACGCCGCAGAAAGUACAGGCGACAAAACCUCUGAAGGCAAUGACGAGACAAAGAGUUGUGCAGAGCUGACUGGUGAGGGCUGCCAGGCCUCUACAAAUAACGACACGGACAGUACAACUAGCCAGUGUUUGAGCACUGUGACUACACAGACGAGGCACAUGGAUCCAAGAGUCAGCAACAGAAACAACAACAGCAGUCAAGCUAUUUUAUCAGAGAGCAGCCUGACAGACAAGCUGGUCGUGUCGGUGGAAGAGAGGCUCUACGGCGGCCUGCGCAGUGCAGAGAAGCUGGGCCAGGGAGGAACGGAGCGUGUGCUCACCAUGUCCCAUGCAGCCUCACCUGGCUUCAGUGCCAUAUAACCUGUAAAUAAUCCUAUCUUCAUCAACUUCAUCAACAUUAUCAUCUAUAGAUGACAGACUUGAUCAAAUGGUCUAUAGCACUUUAGACAUUGUCAUGUGUUAGAUACUUGGUCAUUCUGUCCCUUAAAUUUGGACAAAUCUUCAAAAUAAACUCAUCAAAACACAGAUGUAUCCCAAAGGACAGAAGUAUACUUCUUUCUUGAUGGGCAGUCUCUUCCAGCAUUUACAUUCAGAACUUAAUUUCCACUGUGACGCCAUGUGACACGUGAUUUUUAUUGGUAUCCAUUCUUAAAAUCAAAUGCAUUCAUUACAUGGCUUUGAAAAUAUAGACCCAUCUUUAGAAAAAUUUAAUAUUUUUAACUGUGAAUUUCAGCAUGCUACUGUAUGUCCAAACAAUGUGUAUGUGAAUACUGUACAGUUUUAACUUUAAAACAAAAAGCACUUUGAUGGGAAGAAAGAUAAUGAUGGGAGUUUCUGUCACCCAUUUCUCUCAUUUAAAAACCAUAUCCUCAAGUGUCCUUCUUGUUUGUUUAUGUAUUUAGCGAUAAGAAGAACACUAACCAUGUAAAAAAAACAACUAAAAAAACAUUACAAUUCUCCAGUGCUCACAGCCCUCUCAUUAACACCAUAUCAGCAGUUCUGGAGAAUACACGCACUA